AUGACUCAACAAAAAUGCAAGGCUUGCGAUAAGACGGUUUAUCCAGUGGAGCUUCUCUCUGCAGAUGGAGUUGGUUAUCACAAAUCUUGCUUCAAAUGCACUCACUGCAAAAGCAUACUUCAGCUGAGUAGAUAUUCAUCAAUGGAUGGUGUGUUGUAUUGUAAGCCUCAUUUUGAGCAGCUAUUCAAGGAGUCUGGUAGUUUCAACAAGAACUUUCAGUCGCCCUUUGCAUCCCCUUUCACAGGUCUUGAAAGAUGA